CUCUGGCAGUCAGUCCCUGCUUGGGCAUAUGCAUAAUAAAGGCGUGUCAAAAAUGGCACCGCCGGGGCAUGCAUGCAUGUACAAGUGAGGAGUAUGUAACAGCAGCUACUGCUAAGGUAUGUAUGGAUGUGCGAUGAUAGUCGGAUUGGAUGAGGUGGUUGCUGUUGUUCGUGCGCAAGUGCGAGACGCCUCUUGGGCUCUCGGUCUCGGCCCCAGUCACCGGGUUUGCCUCUCCUUGGUCUCUCUCCUCUCACGUCCCCGUUGUUGAUCUGUCACAAAAAUGGCGAGCUCGGCAUAAUAAUCGUCUUCAGGCAAACCCAGAGCCUAUACUAAGGUCCAAGGUGCACGUAGUCUGGAGCUAAUACAUGUACCUUAUUACUUGCUGCCUGCAUUUGCAUGCGGCAAGCUGAGCCUUUUUGCGCCUUCUCUCUCUCCUACAUAUUUGGCUAAUCUCCUUCACGUGCUUUUUACUUCUUUUCAGUUUCUCUUUUCUUUUCUUUUCUUUUUUUUUUUUAAACCUUUUUGUGCCUU